AUGACAUUGACAGAUAUGGUCCAAAUAUGCAUCAAGGAAAAUACAUUGGACUUCUUCGAGCAAUUACUAAACAGCUUGCUUAAAAGCAAUGAUCGGGCCUUGCUAUUUGCUUCACGACAGAUUGUGGAUACAUUAGUGGACAAUGUCCUCACAUUAGAUUCUAAAAUGGCUUCAGGCGGUGGUGAAGUAAUAAAUAGUACCGAAGAAAGCACUUCGAUGAAUGCAGCAGCAGCUCACAAGGAACAUCAAGAACGAAUGCUGGCUUGCCUGUCCACCCUAUCAUUAUUCAGUAAAGCAAAACCAGAUCUGAUGGUCAAACAUGCGGAAACAUUGCAACCAUAUCUAUCAAUGAAUAUGAACGGACCAGCAGAGCAGCAAGUCAUGAAUCAGGUGGUCAAUAUGUUGGAAAGGGUGGUUCCACUGAUGGACCAUCCAUCAGAAUCAUUCCUCAAAACACUCGAUGAAAGCUUAUAUCAGCUAGUGAAAGAUGGUGGUAUGCGUAUCAUUGCUUCAUCGUUAGCCUGUAAUGCAGCUAUAUACAACAAGUGGAAAAAACGAACUCCAGCGGUUAUCGAGACGUUUUUCAAGUAUUUGAAAUACUUGCAUCAAAUAAAGGAAGAUGUAUUGCGGAAGCAAAGUCCUGGAAUUCUACCAGUGAAGAAACCAAUGGUACUAAGGUCGUUGUUUUCUAUCGGAUUGAUGUCGCGCUAUUUCGAUUUGGAUACAAUAUUGGAAAAUGAUGAAGAAGCGAAGAAAUUUCUAGAUUUAAAUGUGUCAGCGUUACAAUCGUCCGCUUCAUCAACAGAAGUAAAUGAAGAGCAUGAUGAGGAAGAGAAACAAUCUAUGAAAUCGAGUCCCUUUGUUGAAAUGAUUUUCCAAGUUUUGACAACGUUCUGCAGAUAUCGUGAUGGUGAUAUCCGACUAAAGGCUUUAAAUGCUAUUGGAAAUUUCACAGCAACUAAUUCGGAAUACCUGACACGAACGGAGUUGCGAAAUAUGUAUAUGACAUUGCUGGGAACUGAUGAUAAAGAGUAUUUGGGUUUGAAAAUACAAACUCUGAAGAAUUUGGAAUUAUUUUUGGGUGCCGAAGAAACAAAAAUGGUUAAAAAUAACAGUGAAUGGCAUAUCUCAAAAGAAGAGCAUGAUUUGAAAGAAAUGGAAUUGGCAAAUUCCGGAUUAGCUUCAGCGAUCAUACAACUUUAUUGGAAUGCAGUGUUGAACUCAUAUUACAAUUCAAGUGAUGCUGUGCGAACUGCUGCUGUUCAGGUUGCAAUUCUAACCCUAAGCCAGGGGUUAGUGACGCCGGGUUCAUCAAUUCCAACUUUGAUCGCCAUGUCCACUGACCGAAACACUCUUGUUCGGAACAAAGUAGAAAAUAUGUUGAGAGAUAUUGAUUCAAAAUAUGCUGGCAUGGUUCCGAGUAAGGCAGUAGCAGGUAUACGCUGCUCAUUUCGUUUGCAUAUGAUCGUAAAGAGGGAUCCGGAAUCUGUCCUUCGUGGUAUUCGAGCUUGUGAUCAGACAGCAACUGCUCAAGGUUCUGGUGACAACCCAAAAUUGGUAAACGGAAUACCGAAAAUGACGAAUGAUGGACAGGCAUUACUAAGUGGGCUGUAUCAAAAUCUUCGUGGUAAUCGGCAGCAGCGAAGAAGUUUUUUAUCUUCUAUUCUUCGUUUGUUCUCCGAGGAUUCACGAGAGAAAUUGACAUUGGAAGAAUGGCUAUUUGUUGCGGAUAAUUUGGCAAUGUUUCCGUAUCAGGUGAUAGAUGAACCGUUAUACGUUAUCCGACGAAUAGAAUCCAUUGUUUCCAUUAGCGGACAAAAUAUAAUCAACAAUUUCAUGGGACAGCUUCUUCCACGACCAAGCAAUGUAGAAAAUGAUGAUGAAGCGGAAUAUACACCCGAACUUAUCUAUAGACGAUUUCCGGAAGAUAAAAGUAUGCUUCACGAAUGUAUGAAAAAUAGUCAAGCAUGCUUUAUAUUACUUUAUCUGAAAAAUUUCUUAAUGAAACUGUAUGGAUUCAGUGAUGCUAAAGUGCAAGAGUAUAGUCCAUCAGAGGCAGCUAAAGUUUAUGAAAAAGCUGUUAGUAGUCGACGUAAUAUGUUGAUGUUCAAUCCACACUCAGCACUUCAAGAACUCCGCCCAGAAACAGCCCAGAAGCGUGACACGGUAAACGGUCACAUCGAAAUGGCUAAUCAAAUUGUAGCUUUCCGAAACAUGUUGCUUUCGUUGGAUCAUGAUAAUGGUGAUGAACAUGAUGGAACAGAUGCUACGGGACUCAUGGGAACUGCAGCAUCAAAAGAUACUAUUAAUGCUAUAAUGGAAGAUGAGGAUCAAGAUGCGCAUAUGGCUGAUAGUAUUUCCGAAGCUACCAAUUUUAGUGAAGCUGAUGCUAUGUCCUCCUAA